AUGAGUGACACAUUAGACACGACCGCAAAGACAGACAAAGACACUGAUUGUGAGCACAAAGUGGUGUUCAAGAAGAAGACACGUCCAGCACAACGACGAAGACAUGUCAGUGACGACGACGAGGAGGACGUGGCAUCAGAAGACCAAACAGACGUCUGGAACCGAUUGACUCAAUUGAAGGAAACACAACACCUGAGGAAGAGAUCCAAUAAAGGCAUCGAUAUCUUAGAGUUGACUCAAAACCCAAUUAAUAGUAAUAACAAUAAUUCGGUGAAGAAUGAGACCAAAGGAGGACUCAAUUCGGACGCAAAGACGUUAACCAAUGAACUCGAUUUGGGAAACACUUUCUCCGUUGAGACUAAUCGUAGGGACGAAGACACGGAUCUAAUGAAGUAUAUCGAGGAAGAGCUCUCCCGAAGGAAAGGAACACAAGUGUCGAGCGCUUCCACGGCUGACAAUAAGAGCUCUUUGGCAGUGAAUUCAGCGAAUGAUAUGAACGUAUUGUUUGAUGUAUUGCCCGAACAUCUGAUCCAAACGAAUGCCAAAAAGAGUGAAGAAAUGCUUUCCAAUCAAAUGCUGAACGGAAUCCCAGAAAUAGAGUUAGGAUUGGAAGAGAAGAUCCGAAACAUUGAGGCGACAGAAGAGGCGAAGAGUAAACUGUUGAGGAAUAGGAGCGGCAGAAGUGGAGGCAAUGUCUCGUCGUUUGUUCCCAACAAUAUCGCCGUUUGCUUUGCUCAGCACAACAGGUAUAACAUACCCGAAGACAUGCCGCGACUCAACCCCACUAUCACUGCUAAACGGGUCCGCACUGACACUCAGCCCACAACCACUUACGUCGAGGAACCGGUGGUUGUCAUCGGAGACGAACCCAAACAGAUGGUUAGAUUGCAGAACAAGGGUUGGGAUCAAAACCACAAUAAGUUCUAUGGAAAGGAUAAGGCGACCGAUGACUACAUCUUCGAGAAGUUUAAAAAACAAUUCCGAAAAUUCUGA